CCAAGAAGUUUCACUAUGUUUCGAUGCUUGAUUUUUGUCAGUGCCCUUUUGAUCUGCCAUCUCUGUGUUAAAUGGGUGAAGCUUCUUCACAACUACUAUAUAACCUGACGACAGCUCUGCUUUGUAAACGCUUCCAUGCCCUUCCUUUCUGAUGCCAUACAUGAGAUAAAAAUCGUCGGCGGCCUUUAUAAUCUCUUCAUACACUGUUCCUCCAUCAAAAGUUGAUAUUGCAAAGAGAUCAUUCUGUACAUCACCUUCUUCGACUUCUGGAGUUCUCUCUCUUCUUUCAGAAAUCAAGGAAAACCCUUCCACAAUCUAACAGCUCCCAUCCCUUCCACUUUUGGAAACUUGAAACCUUAUGUUAUACCUGUUCAACAAUCAACUCUCCGGGCAAAUCCCACCAGAAUUAGGAAAUUUGAGAUCCCUGAACAGUCUAAGCCUCUACGAAAACUAUCUUUUAGGUCCAAUCCCUACGUCAUUAGGUGAUCUCAGUGGCUUAACCCGCCUGCAUCUCUAUGCCAAUCAACUUUCCGGCCCCAUUCCUUGAGAAAUAGGAAACUUGAAGUCUCUUGUUGAUCCAGAACUUUCAGAAAACCAACUCAAUGGUUCCCUUCCUACUUCACUAGGUAAUCUGACCAACUUAGAAAUUUUAUUCCUCCGUGAUAACAAACUUUCUGGUUACAUUCCUCGAGAAAUUGGGAAACUUCAUAAGUUGGUUGUGCUAGAAAUCAACACAAACCAGCUGUCUGGCUCUUUUCCGGAAGGCAUUUGCCAAUGUGGAUCUCUGGUGCGCUUUACAGUGAGCAACAACUGUCUCAGUGGUCCCACCCUCAAAAGCUUGAAAAUUUGCAGAAACUUAACCAGAACUCUGUUCGGGGAAACCAACUCACUGGAAAUAUAUCCGAGGUAGUUGGCGACUGUCCAAACCUGGAAUACAUCGACUUGAGCUACAAAAGUUUUCAUGGAGAACUCUCUCAUAACUGGGGAAGGUGCCCACAACUACAAAGGCUGCAGAUGGCCGGGAACAAUAUUACAGGGAGCAUACCAGAAGAUUUUGGAAUCUCAACUGAUCUAACCUUCCUUGAUCUUUCUUCAAAACAUUUGGUUGGACAAUUUCUGAAAAAAAAAAAGGGAAGUUUAACUUCUCUGUUGGAGCUAAAAUUGAAUGAUAACCAACUUUCUGGAAGUAUACCUCUUGAAUUUGAUUUGGAUUACUGUUCAGCCUUGAUCAUCUCGACUUAUCAGCAAACCGAUUAAAUGGGUCAAUACCAGCGAACUUGGGUGACUGCUCGAACUUGUAUUACUUGAACCUGAGCAAUAACAGGCUUAGCCACAGAAUUCCUGCUCAGAUGGGUAAGCUGAGUCACCUCUCCCAGCUAGAUCUGAGUCACUACUCGCUAUCAGGAGAAAUUCAUUCCAAAGGCUUUUGAGGAUAUGCGUGGCUUGUCGGAUGUUGAGAUAUCUUCCAAUCAGUUGCAGGGUCCCAUUCCCAACAGCAAAGCAUUUCGAGAUGCUACCAUUGAGGUGUUAAAGGUGAACAAUGGCUUGUGCGGCAAUGUAAAAGGGUUGCAACCCUGCAAAAAGGGUUCUGGAGUAGGCCAACCACCUGUCGAAAAGGGCCACAAAAUUGUGUUUAUAAUCAUAUUCCCUCUUUUGGGAGCACUUCUACUUCUUUUUGCUUUCAUUGGAAUUUUCUUGGGUGCUGAAAGAAGAGAGAGAACUCCAGAAAUCGAAGAAGGUGAUGUACAGAAUGAUCUCUCUUCCAUAUCAACUUUUGACGGAAGAACAAUGUAUGAAGAGAAUAUAAAGGCCACCAAGGAUUUUGAUCUCAUGUAUUGCAUCAGAAAGGGAGGGCAUGGAAGCAUUUACAAGGCAGAGCUGCCGUCAGGUAAUAUAGUAGCUGUGAAGAAGCUUCACCCAUCCGAUAUAGAUAUGGCAAAUCAAAGGGAUUUCUUGAAGGAAGUAAGGGCACCCACAGAAAUCAAGCAUCGAAACAUUGUGAAACUUCUUGGUUUCUGUUCACAUCCACGACACUCGUUUCUCGUCUACGAGUACCUUGAAAGAGGUAGCCUGGCUACAAUCUUGAGCAGGGAAGCAGUUAAGAAACUGGUUUGGGCUACAAGGAUCAAUAUCAUUAAAGAAAUGGCUGACGCUUUGUCUUAAAUACACCAUGAUUGCUCACCCUUAAUUGUUCAUCGGCAUACAUCGAGCAACAAUAUUCUACUGGAUUCUCAACAUGAGCCUCAUAUUUCUGACUUCGGCACUGCCAAGCUUCUAAAGCUAGACUCAUCAAAUCAGAACGCACUUGCAGGCACAUUUGGAUACGUUGCACCAGGUAUAUGUUCAGUCCUCAAUUAACAAAGAAAUCUAACCUGUCAAUGAUGUGAUAUUUAUCUUCUAAUUUUGCAGAACAUGCUUA